CGACGGAAAAAGCGUCGCAUUUGAUUGGAUGGAGAUUGACACGUGAUUCGCAAUGCUACAUGCUUGUCGACUGCGCGGGAUCUGUUGAAUGCCGAGUUGUUUGCAUAUUGCGGUGUUUAUUUUUAAUCUAGUAUAUGGAGUCUGCAAGGAAAAGGAGGACGACGGUGUAAAGGAAGAAGACAAAAAGUAAAAAAGCACCCUAACUGCUUUCGUGGUGCAGCCACUCCAUAGCGACAGUUUCAUCACAGGAUACCGUUCUCUCGGGCUGCUACUUUUGGGUAUCUGUUUAUUUCUUCAGAUUUUACAGUCGUUGCUCCACAGGACAAAGCAGAAUCUUUUGAAACGAGUGUCUUUCAGCUGCUAUUACAUUAAAAGAACCGUGUCCCUCAUGUCAACGAGUUAACGAAUGACACAGACAGAGGUGCAUCAGGCACAAUCCCAGAGGAUGCAAAGAGAAAGUUUCUUCAAAUGUUCAGAUGGAUGUGAAAUUUUAAGGUUGAGAAAUACAUUUGAAAUUUUCAAAACCCGUUGUGCUCCAGAUCUAGGAGAACUCCAUGUGAAUUGGUUUGAAGAACUCACAGCAAAAGCAUCUAGUGAAAUCAACAAUCAUCAUUAUGAUACUAACUCCAGAGACCACAGCAGUCACGCAGAGAGUCCCAUAACAACAUGGAAACAGCAGCAAUUCUUGGAAAGCCAAUUUCUGUCAACACCUAAUAUUUUCAAAGGGCAGAAGGGCUUAUCACCAAAAAUAUCAACUCCUGACCUUACAAAUACUCUGUUUGAGACAGGGUCAAAGCAAAAUGCAAGGACCACAUUCAUGGAGAGCAGCCCAGUGGUUUUACAGAAUGUCAAUAAAAAACCUCAUCAUGUUAAUAAUAAUCUUGGAACAUUCGAAGAUCUUCUUCAAACUCCAAACCUUUCUAAAAUCGGUUCUACAAAUCAUAUAUCUGAAUCCCUUGGCGCUGUAAUAGACCCUGAUAUGUCUUGGAGUAGUUCUUUGAACACACCAAGAACUGUGACACCUACUGUACUUGUCUCUAAAUGGCACAGUGACUUUGAUGGACAAUGUCAUCCUGAGGAGAAGCCUAGCAUGUUGGUGAGGAGACUUUUUUCCAACAAGCAGUCUAAAAAUGUUAAUGGAGAGCUUACAACACACGUAUCGCCUAAACACCACAAAAUACAAACCCUGGAAACUGAAGACUGUGGUGCCAAAGCUGAAAUUGAAGAAAAUAAUAAUGCAUGCUCAGCCUGGAAGCAGACAUUGGCAAGUUCAGUUGAUAAUGAAGCCCUCAAUACAGUGGCAAAAGUACUGGAAGGUGCUGAAGAUGUUUUAUCAAUUUUUUUUAGCAGUACAUCUUCAAGGAAAGGAAAUACAAAUCCUGAACAUGAACAGAAUACUUCACAUAAAACUCUUUCAGCGAAAGUAUCUGAAAAUUUUAAGAUUCCUCAUAAAGAUACCAGCUUUUCAGAUGUUGUCAAUUUGGACACCAGUUUGGACAAUGAAUUUUUAAAUCAACCUGGAGAAGAAGCAAAAUGGAGAAAUUCACCUAAAACUGAUGUAGUAAAAAAUGAUACUGGCCAUUCUAAUUGUUUAGCCAAUUUUAAAGAAAAAGAAAUUGAUCAAAAUGAAGAGGGACUGUCCAAAUAUAAAUCUGACACAUUAACAGUAGAACAGCUUGGAUACUCACCAACAGAUCUUCUCCUAUUAAAUAUUCAUAUGCCUGACUUGACUUGCACUCCAGAAACAGGUAAUGAGUCAACUUUUAUUUCUCUCAAAAAAAUAGAAAAGCAACAAACUGACACUUCUUUACAAGCUGCUCUUUCCAAAGAACCAAGAUAUUCUGUGUCACCAAAUGAAAAAAGAUCUACAAUGAGAAAUGAGACUAAGGAAGGUUUUGAACCUCCACAUAUGACUGAUUCGACUCCAAGGCAAGAUCAGCUUUGGCUUAGGUCAUCUUCUUUUACUCCUCAAGAAUGCCGUGUUGACUGCAGUGGUACAAACCCAGUGAUAGUACAUAACAACCAAAAGCAGAAUGACAGUUUUCUUGCUCCGGAUACAUCUUGCCAGAACAUAACUGUUUCUUCUGACUUUAUGAAAGAAUAUCCUGUUAUGACAGACAAGCUUAAAGACAGCAAAGAGUUACCCCCUUAUGCCAGUGAACAGUCUGCUACAAAUCACACCGCAGAUAUUGUCCCUUCUCUAGAUGACUGUGUUCUACCUCACAAAAAACCACAAUCUAGAACAGCACAGUUUUGCAAGGCCAAACGUUCAAGAAGUGAAUCUGAAGAAUAUUUGGAAGGAAGAUUGAGCUCUGAUUCUGAUCAUAAAAGUAAAAAGAAAAGAAAGAAUAGUGAAGAGGGGCAUUGUUCAUCAAGUGAAGAAUCUUACUUGAAAAAAGUAAUCCCUGAUAAGAAAUCAUCAAAUCAUACAUACAAAGAAUCCUCAGAAUGCUUGACUACAGCUCCUAGAAAGAUCCCUUCAUUUACUGUUGGUAUGCAUGACACAGGAUUUAAAACAGCUUCAAACAACACAAUUAAAGUAUAUUCAGCUAGCCUUGAUAAAGCCCAAUCCAUGUUUGAAGAAACAGAGGAUCUAUACCUGAAAGAUCAACAUUUACAGAAAAGUAGUUUGCAUUUGAAGAAAUGCAGUGAAAAGGAAUCUUCAAAAAGCUUUUUUGAAGCUGAUAAAAUGUGGUGCUCUUCUGAACUGCCAUCAUCUAACAAUGUAUUUUUAACCCCAAGCCAGAAGGCUGAAGUAUAUGAACUGUGUUCCUUUUUGGAAGAAGCUGGUACUCAAUUUGAACUAACACAGACUGAAAAAACUAAAAGUAAAAGCAAUAGUUGUAAUAGUCUGCAUUCCACUGGAGACCAAGAAACUACAUCUUCUCCUCCUAUUGCUUCUGAUAUUUUAAAUGGUAUAAACUUUGAUGAUAGCUUCAAUGCAGAGAAUAAUACCAGUUUAAACGCAAAACCAGCUAUGUACUUAAUGAUGACAGUUGACUCUCAUGAGGAAUCUUGUGAAAAAGUCUGCUUUGAAGGUACCAGUAUCCAAUCAGCCAAAACUGUUAAUAGCUCAUAUUUGGGAAAAAAAGGAAAUGAUCUUUCUUUUUCUGCUCAAGGAAAAAAGCCUAAUGGUGGCUCUGAUGUUGAGAAAAGAUUACAUACUUCUACCCAGGAUAGUGUAGGUGCUGUUACACAUCCUGAAGGCAUGGAUUUUCACAAAAGGCUAUUAAAAGAGGGUGAAAUGAAUACAGAAACUGAAAAUGAAAGACACAUUAAUCAACAGUUCAUGUGUCCUCCUGCAGAAAAUGGAGACAUUGCUUCUCAUACAAUGGUGUGUGAGUCUUCUAACAACACUGAAAGCAGCGAAAUGAAAGAAAACAAUGUAAUUAAGGGCUUUUAUACUGCAAGUGGUAAGAAAUUAAACAUUUCUAAAAAUGCCAUGGAAUCUGCUACUUCCAUUUUUGAAGACUUGUGUCCUGAAAAGAACUGGACUUCUAGUUAUUUAAGUAAAAGUCUGAAUACUUCUGAUACAUCGGAGUCUCUGCCUGCUAAGCAUUUUUCAGUGCCCAGGAAAGGGGUCAAUAGGAUUUUCAAAGAAGUGAGACAGACAAAUAAAAAUGAAUGUAAGCCAUCGCAUUUUUCUGGUGUAACUGUUUGCAUUCAAAGUGAAACACAGUUGAGUCCUAAUUUGGCUUUUACUAGUAAAAAUGAUCAUUCUGAAAACAAGGACCAAAGUUCUUCAGUUAGCUUUAUGUCUGCCAAUAAGCCUUUUAAGAAUAGCAACAAUAAAUUCAUGUCAGUUCAAGGUUUAUGUGGGCUCGAGAGUUUCCAGACUGCAAGUGGAAAUGGGAUUACUUGUGGUCAGGAAUCAUUGGCGAAAGCUCUAACACUGGUUUCUGAAGAGGAUGAUUUUAGCCUAUAUGAUAAUAAAAAAUUUUCUGAUAAAUGUGAUUUUCAGUUUGAGAAUGAACACAAUAGUGCUGACACAGGAAUACAUAUUAGCAAAGGUGAUUUCGUCAAUCUAAUGGAUGCUUCAUCUUCUUGUUUAGUAAGCCAUUGUCACAAGAGAAAAACUGAUUCAAAUUUGCCCAAAUUAAAUGAUGAUGCUUCAGAAAGGGCUAAAGAAAUGUUUAAGGAUAGUGGCAAUCUAAAUGAUGAACUUACAGAUGGCUGUUUAAUUGUGUCUGAUGGAGUAAAACACCACUCCUCUAAACCAAGUUCAAACGAUUCCCUGAGCUCCGAAGUAGGUGAAUUGGGCAAUAUCCAAUAUCCAACAUCUAAACAAAAUUUUGAUAUUACACAGGUGAAUUUAUUAAAUACUUCUAAUAAUGGAAGGGAUGGUCCAAAUGUUUCCUUGCCAAUUGACAUGGUUAUAUUUUCAUCAGAAAACAGAAAAUCACUUCAGCAUAUUAAUUCAAAAUAUGGUACCGGUGAUAUCACUUUGUCAUGCGGUUUGUUAUGUAAUAAAUCAUUAACACAGGAUAACUUACCUAUGCAGCAUGAUAGCAUUGUUAAUGAUAAUUCAGAUUCUGAUGGAAAUAAAGUUGGUGUAUCUUAUGUAGGGCUUGGAACAGAGCACAAUGUUAGUUAUCAGAAACCUUGUAUGUUAGAUGAAAAUUACACAUUACAAAAUGAAGACUCCACUGAAAGAGCUAAUAACAUUGUAACUGAUACAACAGCACAUUGUGAAAACUUUCAAACAACAGCAUUUUGCAAAAAUGGAAACCAGAAUCUAACUAGUGAACAAGUCCUGAAAAAGAAAGAUACGUUUUCUAAUAUUGACAAAACAUUGGCCUCUUCUGUUUCUGCAGUCAGCACAAGUUCUAGAUUUCUGCUGGAUUCUGACAGUGAGAAGAAAGUGUGUUUUUCCAAAACAGUAUUUUGUGAAGAAGAGUCUUUAUUAAGAGGUCCUGAUAUUAGAUGUGAUGCUGGGAAUAUGAAACAGUCAGGCAUGUCUCAUUCCAAGUGUGCUAGAAAUGUUGCUGGAUUCAGUACAGCUAACGGGAAAACAAUUGUCUUUUCUGAAGAAGCAUUUUGUAAGGCUAAAGCUUUACUAAAUGAUUGUGAAGAUGAAACAAAUAAAAAUAGUCAAACAUCUGCAACUGAAGUUAUGAAAGCACCUCACCUGCCUCUUGAAUACUGUGCUAAAAAUGUGGCUGGAUUCAGUACAACUAGCAGAAAGAAUAUUUUCAUUUCUGAAAAAGCUUUUAGUGAUGCUAAGGCUUUACUGAAAAACUGUGAAAAUAAAAAACUGGAAGAAAGUAAAACAUUUGAUAUGGUGAAUAUGAAAGUACCUUGCCCUCCUGUUGUAAACUACAAACCUGAAAGUGCAGCUGGAUUCAGUACAGCUAGUGGAAAGAGAAUUAAAAUUACUGAAAAAGCACUUGAAGACGCUAAGGCUUUAUUUAAUAAUUGUGAUGAAGAAACAAAUGACAGAAUGAUAAGUUCUGGUUCUGAAAGUACAGAAUCACCUGGUUUGCUUUUUAUAAACUGUGUACCUAGUAGUGCAUCUGGAUUCACAACAGCUAGUGGGAAAAGAGUUCAGUUUUCUGAAAAGGCAUUUUCAAAAGCUACAGCUUUAUUAAAGGAUUGUGUUGAUAUAACAAGUGAAAAAAGUGCCAGUUCUGAUUCUGAAAGCUUACAUCAUCUUGUAAACCAUUGUACUAAAAAUAUCCAACGACUUAAUGUAUCUAGGGGAAAGAUGUUUUCUGAAAAAGCAUCUGAUGAUACUAAGACUUUAUUAAAUUAUUCUAAAGAUGAAACAAAUGAAAAAAAUUCUAUUUCUGAUUUUGAAAAUACCAAAGCUCCAGACAUAUAUCCUAUAAGCAGUAAUUCUAGAAACUUUGCCCAAGUUGGUCCAUCUACAAAUAAAAGGACUUUAUUUUCUGAAAAAGCAUUAUGUCAUUCCAAGAUCUCAUUAAAAGGUGGUAAAGAUGAAAGAAAAAAGAAUGUUUCAAAAAGUGGUAAUGAUCUUAUAAAAUCUAAAAUGCUCUUUGCCGACUGUACUAAAAAUAACACUGGAUUCUCUACAGCUAGUGGAAAGAAGUUUGUAAUUUCUGAAAGUGCACUUCAUGAUUCUAAAGCUUUGUUAAAUGAAUAUGUAAAUGAAGUAAAAGAAGAACAUACAAAUUCUGAUGUGGUUCGUCAGAAAACACCUAGCCUGCCUCAUGUAAACCGCAUUACAGAACGUGCCGCUGGAUUUACUACAGCUAGUGGAAAGAAAGUUUUGAUUACUGAAAAGGCACUACAUGAUGCUAAGGUUUUAUUUAAAGACUGUGACAGUGAAAGAAAUGAAAAAAUGAUUGGUUCUGGUGCUGAAUUUUCUGAAGUACCUGGCUUUUCUCAUGUAAACUCUGGAUUCAAAACAGCUAGUGGGAAGCAUGUUCUGUUUUCUGAGAAAGCAUUGUGUGAUGCAAAAGUUUUAUUAAGCAGUUGUGAAAAUGACAUAAAUAAAAUUAUCAGUACUGAUGCUAAAAAUAUGAAAGCACCUGACCUUUCUAUGGUGGACUCCAGUAACAAAAACGUCGCUGACUUCAGCACAGCUAGGGAAAAUAACGUUUUCUCUUCCAAAAAAGCAUUUUGUGAUGCUAAGACUUCAUUCAGUAACUGUGGAAAGGAAACGUAUGAAAAAAAUGCUACAUUUAAUGAUGAACAAAUGCAAGAUUUUGGUCCACCUCUUCUUGGAUUCAGUACAGCUAGCGGAAAAACUGUCUUAUUUUCCAAAAAAGCAUAUGAGGAAGCUAAGGAAAUACUUAGGGAAGCAAGUACUUCUGCACCUGCCCUAUUUAAAGCAAGAACUCAAUCUUUGCCUCCAGAACAAAUGAAUAAUAUUGUUGGUGUUAACCAAGAAAUUAAAGCAGAUGGCUUUGACUGCAGUGAAUCUUAUAGUAGUUUCUGCACACCUGCAUUCCAGGGGCGAGCAAAUAAUGAAAAAAACAAUUCUAGAAAUAUGACAAUGACAGGGACACAUUUUGAACAUGAACUGAAAAGUGUACCCUCACAGCCUAGUAUGACUAAUGAUAAGACACUAAAUUUGCGUGUGGACUGUUUUGGUGAAUACACAGAAACUCAACAGCGUUUUAUAGAGCAGGAAGCUUUAGAGUGCACUAAAGCAUUAAUAAAUGAUGAAAAUGAGGAUGAAAAUGUGGAAAGUCUUUUGAAUCAAAACUGGAAUCCAGCUGAAAAUUGGAAAGAAAGUUUCUGCAUAGGCAGAAGGAGGUGCAGAAAUGAAAAUAGUAAUGGAGAAUGUGGCAUAAAAGAUGAGGGAAGCAAAUCUAUACAUGAUGGUGUUUUCAAACCUUUGUUCAGAUGUAAAAAACCUUACAGUGGAACUAUUUCAAAUGCCUCGCAGCAGAAAUUAUCAACUGAAAAAACAAAUUCAACAAAUAAUGAAUCUUCAGGGUAUAUACUACCUUUAUGUAAACCAUCUGGUUAUGAUUCAUACAAAAAUAACAAAGUUCAGAAUAGUAGUGCAGUGCCUGAGACUUUUACCUCUGUGGACAAAGUAAAAGAAAUUUCUUGUAAAGAUGACAAUGUGGAAGAAUCUGCACAAAUGCAAAAAAGCGGAUGUCUUGAAAGUACUGACAUAAAUAAUAAAUAUCAAGUGAGUGCUACACAUCUAAAUAUAGAUUGGGAAGAAAAUCUUGCUAAUCUUUCUUGUGCAAGGGAUAUGCAAGAUAUGAGGAUAAGGAAGAAAAAACGUCAGAAUGUUAAACCACAGCCAGGGCACCUUUUCUUUUCUAAAACAUCGCUGACUUCUAAGAUUUCCUUCCUUUCAUUUGUGAAUAAUCAGUUGCCCCGGUUUUACUCCCCUCAACAGCUCUACACAUUUGGAGUUAGAAGGCCUACGAUACAUGCAUACUACAAAUAUGCUGCAUCAUUUAGAUUUAAGUUUACGGAAUACUUUAGCAAAGAUGCAGUGCUGGCUUCUCAUGGGGCACAGCUGGCUGAUGGUGGGUGGUUAAUUCCUGAUGACAGUGGAACUGCAGGAAAGGAAGAAUUUUACAGAGCGCUGUGUGAUACACCUGGAGUUGAUCCAAAACUUAUUACAGAAAAUUGGGUAUACAACCACUAUACCUUGAUUAUAUGGAAACUUGCUGCAAUGGAAACUGCUUUCCCCAAUGUAUUUGGGGGCUGCUGUUUGACUCCUGAGAGAGUGUUGCUUCAGCUGAAGUAUAGAUAUGAUGUAGAAAUUGACAGAUGUCAGAGGUCUGCAAUCAAAAAAAUAACUGAAAGAGAUGAUUCACCAGCUAAAACAUUAAUACUUUGCAUUUCUAAAAUAAUAGCAAAUGGUUUACAACCAUAUCCAGAUAUAAAGAACAAUACAAGUACCACAUCUGCUGACAAGAAAAAGCAGUUGCCAGCUGGUGUAAUAGAAGUCACAGAUGGCUGGUAUUUAAUUAAGGUUCUUUUGGAUGCUCGUCUAACAGCACUUUUGCAAAGUGGAAAACUAUCUGUUGGAAAUAAAAUUGUAACAAAUGGUGCAGAAUUAAUUGGCUGUCAAGACGCCUGCACACCACUUGAAGCACCAGAAUCACUAAUGCUAAAGAUUUCAGCAAACAGCACACGGCCUGCUCGCUGGUAUUGUAAGCUUGGAUUUUACUGUGGCCCUCGACCUUUUGUGCUUCCAUUAUCCUCUCUUUUCUAUGAUGGAGGAAUAGUGGGUUGUGUUGAUGUCAUCAUCCUUAGGAGCUAUUCUUUGCAGUGGAUGGAGAAAAGACCAAAUGGUGUAUUUUUGUUUCGUAAUGAACGAGCAGAAGUAAGAGAAGCUAGAAGACAAGAGGAGAGUCAUCAGAAAAAUAUGGAGGCACUUUUUGCUAGAGUACAAGCUGAAUAUGAAAAGGAUCUUGAAUUGAAAAAUAAAAGUAAAGGAAAUUCAAAGGUGAAACUAAAUAGACAGCAAAUACAGGCAUUGCAAGAUGGUGCAGAACUUUAUGAAGCAUUUGAAAGUUCUACAGAUCCUGGAUUUCUUGAGACAUGCCUAAGUGCACAGCAGGUUGCUGCACUGAAUAGACAUAAACAAGCAGUUAACGAUCAGAAGCAAGCUAAACUACAAGAGAAGUUUAAAAAAAUAUUGGCGUCCUCACAAGAAGAGAAUACCUGUACUAAGAGAGAUGUUACCCCAGUUUGGAAACUGCACAUUGUAGACUACAAAGAUCUUGAUGCUUCAAAAGUGUACAUGUUAAAUGUCUGGCGUCCAACAGUAGAUCUCUGUUCUUUGUUAAAAGAAGGUGGUAGAUAUAGGAUCUACCACUUAGCAGCAUCCCAGCCAAAAGGAAGGAUGGGAAGUACUUCUGUUCAAUUAACAGUGACCAAAAAAACACAGUUUCAGCAACUGCAAGCAGCACCAGAUCACUUGUCUUUACUUUACCAGUGCCGAGAAGCUUUAAACUUUAGAUCACUCUCAAACCCUACUUUCCAGCCACCUUGUGAGGAAGUUGACUUAGUUGGGUUGGUAAUUUGCAUUGAAGGCAAACAAGGAGGUGCUGCAGUUGUUUAUCUGUGUGAUGAAGAACUGAAUUUUGUUGCUCUGAAAACCUGGUCAAGUCUUAACCACUUAGCAGCUGAUGAUAUUAUAAUGCCAAUGACACUACUUGCAGCAAGCAAUCUGCACUUUAAGUAUAAUUCAAGUGUUGCAAUUCCUGUUGUAUAUGGUGGAGACCUUGCUACUUUUUCUGGAAAUCCGAAAGAGAAACAUCUGCACAGUGCUAUAGAACAUCUUAAGAAAAAUGUACAGAACAUUCAAGAUUUCUGCAAAGAAGCUGAAAAAAAACUCAACAAGUUGAAAGCAAAUACGGCAGGGUAUUUGCAGCCAAAAGAAUGUUAUACUCAUUCAAAACAAAAUAUGGAUAAGACAAACCAAACUUCCUUGAUUUUUUCAGGAAAUAACUUUCAAAUGGCACACUGCAAUAUCGAGCAAGCUGUAACACCUGCUAAAAGAAAAGCAGUUGAAGAUGAAGAAAGUGAUAGAAAAAGUAUAAAAAAGAAAAAAGCACUUGACUUUUUGUCUCGUAUUCCAUCUCCACCUCCACUCACUCCUCUGAAGAACAUUGUCUCUGAUUCUCUAAAGAAAGGUUUUCAUCCUCCCAGAAAACAGACUUUCACACCAGAAACAAGAAAAGAAGAAACUUCUCACAAAUCUCAAGUUGUUUUGUGCAACACGCCUGUGAGCUCAAAUCAUUUUCCAGAAGAUCAGUGGGUGAAUGAUGAAGAACUUGCAAUGAUUAACACUCAGGCUUUACUUGGUUGUUUGCAAGAGGAUGUAAAAAAAUAGUAGUACCUGACAGUAUUUUAGAGAUUACAUUUGGAAAACUAAUUGAUGUCGUAGGCACUUCAGUGUCUAUAACUUAAUGCAAGAACUAAAAGUGAAUAUCCUUUGACACUAAGAUUUUUAAGUAAAGGUGAGUAAAGAGCUACUGUACUUUUUGACGUGUAUUGAAUAACACUGUUCAGUAUUUCUU